AUGCAAAACGGCACGCCGAACGGCAGGGGACACAGUCGCGAUACCACGACGCCUGAACAUGAUGGCGAGCCUCAGCGCAUAGCCAGACCUUCUACUCCUACAGAUACUCUCUCUGAGCAGCAGCAGACGCCACAGAGAGACGCUCUCCAAGAAAAUAAUGAUGGUGUCGCGAAACACGAACAGCUUAAUGGAAUUAAUGGACCACCAUCCAAGCGGCGGAAGCUUGCAGGCACGACGGGACGAACCACACCACGGCCACCUUCGCCGCCAUGGAAACGCGCCGGAUUCGAUGGUCCGACCUCCUUUAUGGAAAAUGGGAAGCGUCGGUCGACGAGGACAAAUACGAUACCUGUUGAAAUGCUGCCCGAAGACGAUCCACGACGCACGCGACCUCCGGUGCAGACAGGGCCUAUGAACAAGACAAUGCAGAGCUGGACUCACGGGCAGAGAGAAUCUGCUUCACCACUCGGGCGUGCUGCAAAGCCAGAGACGAAUGGUAGACGCAUACUCGGCGGUAGCAACCAUAACAACGGCGGCGUGGAUCCAUCUCCCUCUACAAAUGAUGUCUCCAGACGCGCAACGAUAUCAAAGGCAGCAUCCGGAUUCGCUAAAAAUUCCACACAGCCUCAACCUUUAUCCCAAAGGCGCGUCUCUGAUAUCCCACGAACCUCCACCUCAAACCCCGUUGGCCCGAACUCCCCGUUAGAUCCUCCACCGAAACGUAAGCCAGGACGACCUCGUCGAAGGCAGAGUGACGGCAUUGCUAUAGCAAAGCAAGAGAACAGACUUACCUCGGGAGACCAGCACCGGAGUCGGAUAGACAGUAAGGAUAAGGACGAUGGGACAAGUCAGAAGCUUCCGAGACUACGGUUUCGCGUUAAGAUGCCGUCGUUGGGGGUCCAGCACCCUUCGCACGUCCUCCCGCCGAAACAAUACUCGUCAUUUAAUGAAUGGUUAUACAAGAAUACUCCGGGUGAAGAAGAAGCCCAUUUCUCUUCGCCAAAGGAGGCCUUACAAGAGGCUCGGAUUCGGUUAAAACUCAAAGAGGCAGGCGAACCAAACCAAGUCCUAAGCAAAGAACGCUGUUCAUUCUAUCUUACGGAUCCCGAAGAAGCGCCCCCUCGCCAGUAUUCACACCAAGAUCAUCUUGUUGCGCAUGCAUUAUAUUUCAAAAAGCUCCUUGACAAGGAGCGCAAACACCACAGAAAUCUUGCUAGACUCUUUGCUCACUGGUGUGCUGAUGCAUGGAAAAAACGGAAUAAAGCUCCAGAAGAUAUUCUCAAAGAACAACACAAUGAACUACGCCAGAAACGCCGACAGCUAAUCAAAGAUUUACAGCGGCAAUUUGACUUAGUUCGUGCUGAGGUCGACAGAGCUAGGCUGGCUAUUUGGGAAGAAGAGCGUAAGGUGGAAGAGCAGUUGGCAUUGAACAAUGCUUUGAAAAAAUCUACUGCUCUGUUUGAGAGAAGGAGGUCCGAUCGAAUUGGAACCGGAGAACUGGAUGACGAGGAGACAGAUGAGUUGUCGUCUGACGAAACCGAAGAUUCGGGUGAUGACAGCAAUAUGUCUUCCUCGGGCUCAGAAACUGAAACUGACGAAGGCCAGGAUGAUAACGAUGAUGAGCAACUUAGCCCGGAAGCCCUUCGUGCGAAAUAUGCAAAUCUUGCAUCUAUGGACACCUCCAUAUUCUCCAGUGACAAUUGCGAUGAGAACGAGGAUGAAGACGAUGAGAACAAAGAAAACCAAGAUGGAGAGGUAGAUCCCAGCGAGACUGAAUAUCUUAAUGAAGAGCCAGUAGAAUGCAAUGCAUCCCUAGCCAUAGGAGAAGAGAAUGCCUAUGUCAAGCUGGAGGAGGUCGACCCGUUACUUCUUGACGAAUCUGACGAGUCCACAGAUAUGGAUGACGAUAUGGGGGAUAGUGAUGAAGGAGAUGAAGGAGAAGAUAGUGAUGAUGCUCAUGACAGCGAUGAGAGCGACGAAAGUGACGAAGGCGGAGGCUUAUUAGGUUUUUUCUCCAAAGGUGAAGCCAUUGUUCCAAAUAAAGUUAACCUCAAUGAGGACUCGAAGCAUGCCAUGCAAGAUGUUGAUGAUACUGUCGUCAAAAGUACCCAUGACCUUAAAGGCGAUGAAGAAACAAGCGUUGGGCAAUUUCUUGCUAUUUCAAAAAGUCCGAACAAAGGGUCCAACGCGGGUACAGUUAUGCAAGGUGGUGAUCAGUCAGAGGCCACAUCUCCGGCCACGGUCGAAAAUGGCGAAAUUAUGGAAAAUCACAGGUUGGCCGAAAAUGCUAGCAUGGAGGAUGGAUAUAAUCCACUGUCCAAAGCUAGCAGCCCUAAACUCACAAAUACCAACGAAACAGCUCUUGCUGCGGAAAAAACAGGUAUCAAAACGCCCAUUCCCCAUCUUCUCCGUGGGAAGCUACGCGAGUAUCAACAUUUCGGUCUCGACUGGUUAGCCGGGCUAUACGCUAGCAAUAUAAACGGCAUUCUUGCAGAUGAGAUGGGCCUAGGAAAAACUAUUCAGACAAUAGCACUUUUAGCCCAUCUGGCUGUCGAACAUGAAGUUUGGGGCCCUCAUCUUGUUAUUGUCCCUACUAGCGUCAUGUUAAACUGGGAGAUGGAGUUCAAAAAAUGGUGUCCAGGCUUUAAAAUUCUCACCUAUUAUGGCACCCAGGAAGAGAGAAGGCAGAAACGAAAAGGAUGGAUGGACGAUGACCGUUGGCAUGUUUGCAUCACUUCAUAUCAACUUGUUCUUCAGGAUCAACAAAUUUUUAGGCGACGAAAUUGGCACUACAUGGUGCUUGAUGAAGCUCACAAUAUCAAGAACUUCCGGUCUCAAAGAUGGCAAACACUGCUUACUUUCAAGACUCAGGCAAGGUUGCUUCUAACAGGAACUCCACUCCAGAACAAUCUGACAGAACUAUGGUCGCUUCUAUUCUUUCUUAUGCCCUCAGAUGAAGACAGCAAUGGCAUUGAAGGAUUCGCGGAUCUCAGAAACUUUUCAGAAUGGUUCCGUCGCCCUGUUGAACAAAUUUUAGAGCACGGAAGAGAGACAAUGGACGACGAGGCGAAGGCAGUUGUUUCGAAAUUACAUACUAUCCUGCGGCCUUACAUUCUUCGACGUCUCAAAGUGGAUGUGGAGAAGCAAAUGCCAGCCAAAUACGAACAUGUUGUUGCUUGCCGUUUGUCAAAGCGUCAACGAUACCUCUACGAUGGAUUCAUGUCUCGAACUCAAACAAAAGAGACGCUGGCUUCCGGGAACUAUCUUUCCAUCAUCAACUGCCUGAUGCAGCUCCGAAAAGUGUGUAACCACCCUGACUUGUUCGAAACUCGGCCAAUCACUACGUCCUUCGCUAUGCCCAACUCCGUCGUCGUGGAAUUCGAGAUAAAAGAUCUGCUUGUUCGGCGACGAUUGCUGAAAGAAAACGUAUUGAACAAGCUGGACCUUGAUUUUUUGAAUCUUGCUCCAAUAUCUCGAGAGCAAAACUCGAAAAUACUUGUGGAAGACUGCGCCCGAAUCAUGGCGUACAAUCCAUUAAAUUCCCUUCGACAGCGACAAUACAAUCGAACAAAUUGGAACAUGAACUUCGAUGGAUCCACAAUACAGUCAACCUUGCGCUCCAUGGAUAAUGAUGCUCGGAAGGCCCGUAUGAGGGAAUUGGAAAGGUGCCUCUACUUUGAGUCCAAGCGCCAUAGCCAGCGUCCAAUAUACGGUCAAAGCCUCAUCGAUAAGCUUACCAUUGUCACCACCCUCCAACCAGACACUCGACACCAACCCCCACGAAAGUACCUCCUUGACUGGCUCUCGAAUAAAUCCUUGGUGCUCAAUUCUAUGGUUCGAUCCAUGGAAUCAACAUCGCUAAUGGUAGAACCUUUGGUACAAAAGUUUGCAUGUCUCACGCCAGCUGCUGUUGCCCAUGGAGUUACAGCUGCUACCCUCACCCCUAUCACAUCACGCUAUUUUACUCCUUCCCAGCGAAUUCCUGCAUAUGACCCGUUCCAUGAGGCCCAGAUGCGACUAUCGAUUGCCUUUCCCGACAAGCGAUUACUGCAAUACGACUGCGGGAAACUUCAACAGCUUGAUAAACUGCUUCGGACACUGCAGGCCGGCGGUCACCGUGCUUUGAUCUUUACCCAAAUGACCAAGAUGCUUGAUAUUCUAGAACAAUUUCUAAAUAUUCAUGGCCAUCGAUAUCUUCGUCUAGACGGCUCUACAAAGAUCGAACAGCGGCAGUUAUUAACGGAACGAUUCAAUAGCGACACACGUAUCUUGGCGUUCAUUCUUUCCAGUCGUUCGGGCGGUCUAGGGAUCAAUUUAACAGGAGCAGACACUGUCAUCUUUUACGACUUGGAUUGGAAUCCGGCGAUGGACAAACAGUGCCAGGAUCGCUGCCACCGAAUUGGCCAGACUCGAGAUGUGCACAUCUAUAGGCUUGAUGUGGGUGGCAUACUAGGCGAUGAGGAACUGGCUGAGGGCCAUGAUGAAGCGGGUGCCGCUAUGGACAGGGUCCUCGAUACCAAGGUUCACGGGACUUCGCGUAUCUUUGAACAAGCUGAGGAUAAAGAAGACAUCGAUGCGGCAAAGACUGCCGAAAAGGAAAUCGAGCAGGCUGUUGAUGACAGUAACUUCGAUAAUGCCAGUACUCCCCAGACGCCAGCACCAGGACAACAACCACCCAGUCAAAGCCUACUGGGGACCCCUGCCCCCACUGAACUAGGCGAGUAUGAGCGCUCUGUAUCACACGUGAACGGCAGUGUAUAUCCGGCUUCAACUUGCGUGACCCCCGAUGGUCGUCCUGUCGAGAUUGACGAUUCUGAAUCUCACGUUGGCCAUAUCGACGACUAUUUGCUUCGCUUUAUGGAGUGGAACCUCAAAGAUGAACCACUUGUUCUCCCGGCCGAUAGGCAAAGAAAAAAGGCCAAGAGGGGAAGAGAGCAUCGCAUCCGGAGAAAGAGAUAA